UCUGUAUGGCACAGCUGGUUACACACUGAGAGCCCAUCCAUGGACUUGGAAGCGAAAGAUGAGGAGGAAGAGAGUCUGCAAACAGCUUUCAAAAAGCUGAGAGUGGAUGCAGCAGGAUGUGUUGCAGCUCUGUCUGUGGGGGACGGGACGGGUCUCAGGACGCCGACAAGAGCAGCCAUGGAUGGAGCCAAGCAGCAGACUGUCUGCUCGAAGGAGGCAUGGCACGGGUGUGUGAGGAAGCCUUCCAGAGGGUCAGCGAGAGCCCCACGCCGCCGCCGCUCCAAGUCUCCCGUCCUGCACCCUCCCAAGUUCACGUACUGCGGCGCGAAAGCCAGCAGCCAGCUGAAGCACAAAGCCCAGGCAGACACGGCGAAGAGCAGCGUCAGCUCAGACGUUUUUGUCGCGGCAGAACCCGGUACGAAGGACAGGCACGAUUGUCCCCUUGAGGCCCGUGAUGACAGAACUGAACCUUUGGAGGCUCUCGCCGCUGAAGAGCCUUUGGAGAAGCCCCGCGAGGAUUGCCCUGCUCUCUCCUCGUCCUUUGAAACUCGCUUGCGUUCUGGCCACACCUCAGACUUCCAGUCCUUGUCCAUGCUUAGCCACGGCAAGCAGUGCCCCUGCAGGGACCAGAGGUGCCGGUGCCGGCAGUGGCGCGCCAUGGAGGUGUACUCCUUCUCGGGGCUGCGGAGCGUCCUCUCCGAGUGCGAAAAGGCCGUGCUGGGAGCCCGCGCCCAGUCCCUGCAGAGCAGAGCCCCGGGUGGGACAGCCUCAGCCAGUUCUCCUCGCUCUUGCUCUGAGCAAGCCAGGGCCUUUGUGGAUGACGUGACUAUUGAAGAUCUUUCGGGAUACAUGGAAUAUUACUUGUAUAUUCCAAAGAAAAUGUCUCACAUGGCAGAAAUGAUGUAUACUUGA